UGUGGCUGUCAUGCUACGUGCAAAACUUCACCGCAGACGCUGCUGAGCGAUACAGCUUUCAAACCUACUUCAGUCUGCAGUUGACCCAAGUCAAGUACUUCAGUCGGUUAAAAUGGAGCAGUGCCUCUACCUGUUCCUGCUCCUCUGCCUCAUCACCAACUCUACAGAGCAGCCAAUGCCAUGUCACACCAUCAUGGAUUCCUGUCUUUCCGACCAGAUGCUCCCAUGGACCAGGUGUUUCGAACACAGCGUGAUGAUGUGUGUCCACAGAGGGAGGAUGCCGAUGCAAAGAGAAGGACAGAUUCUGGAGGCUUCCAUUGAAGAUAUCAGCAUGAAAAAUGAGGUGAAGAGAAACACAAGCACCGGUCACCUCAUCCACAUCCCAGCAGAAGUCCUGGAAAGGGCCAUGAAGAGAUCCCGCAUGGAGAGAUCCAUCCGUUUAGUUGUGUCCGUGUUUCACGCCAGCUUGUUCAAGGCGCAAAAACAUACUGGAAAUGAACUCCUGGGAAACUCGGUGCUGGGUGUCAAGGUGGGCAUCCAGGAUUUUCACAACCUUUCCAAACCGGUGACGCUCACCUUCAGGCACUACAGCAAGGAGGAGAAUGGUAGCUGUGUCUUCUGGAAGGAUGGGGACAGCAGGCAAGACACAGGGGGCCGCUGGAGCACACAGGGAUGCCAGACUAUUAGAAUGAACAAGACCUUCAUUUGCAGCUGUGACCACCUGAGCUUUUUUGCAGUAUUAGUUAACCCGGGAGGCAUGGGCACCAUCAGUGAUAGCCAUGUUCUCUCACUCAGCUACAUCACGUACAUUGGCUGUGGCCUUUCUGUGUUCUUCACUUCCAUUGCUCUCCUCUUCCGCAUGUGUAUGAGACUCUCCAGGAAGAAAGCCCGGGAUGAGCAUUCAAUGGCAGUUCACCUCCAGCUCAUGGCUGCGCUGCUCCUCCUACACCUGCUCUUCCUGCUGAGCUCAUGGCAGGCAGAGCGCCCCUUAGCCGUGCGCGGUGGUGGCCUGUGUUUGGCCCUGGGCCUCCUGCUUCACUGGGCCCUGCUGGCCACCUUCACCUGGACAGCUCUCGAAGCUUUCCACCUAUACCUGCUACUGGUUCGGGUCUUCAACAUCUAUAUCACAAAAUAUCUGCUCAAGCUCUGUGUGGUGGGCUGGGGUGUCCCCUCCGUUGUAGUGGCAGCCUGUGCUUUGAUCAGACCAUAUGGUCUCUACAGCUUCCAAGCAGGGAACAAGACUGACAGCAGUGCUGGCACAUCAACAUAUACAUCCACGAACACAUCCAUAUGCUGGAUCACCAGUGGAGCCGUGCAGUACAUCACAGUGAGUGCCUACCUGGGCAUUGUGUUCCUGUUCAGCGCUGCCAUGCUGGGCGUGGUCCUUGUGAAGGUGCAGAAGAUCGGAAGCAAGGACGUACAGACGCAGCAGAUGAAAAAGAUAAGCCAAAAGUGUGUGACCCUGCUGGGGCUCAGCUGUGUCCUGGGAAUCCCCUGGGGACUGGCUUUCCUCACCUAUGGCCCCCUGUCCCUCGCCGGUGUCUACAUCUUUACAAUUGUCAACUCCCUCCAGGGAGUCUUCCUCUUCCUAUGGUUCUGCUCCCUCACCUGGAAGUUACGAGCAGCUGACGGAUCGAUUGUAACGUACCAGUCCACACCCAAGACAGAAAAUGGCUCAGCAACUUAACAUCCUGCACAACUUAAACCUAACCAUUCUGAAAUUUUCACCAAGGAAAAAAGGAAGAUAUUUUACUCUUAUGCCCUUGAAGAGGAUUAUAGGAAACAAUGCAAUCGUAGUGAAAUUAACAUUUUAUUUAGGGUUUAUACAGUUAGCAAUUGAGAGACGAGAGAUCCUUGUUGCCCUCGCAGGCGAUGGAUGAAGGGGAAGGACACCCAGCAGCCAGAUUCCAGCCAGAGGGAGUUCCAUAAUGAGCAGGACGUCUGAAAAGCACAGACAGCUGGUCAGUAAGCAGAGGUUGUCCACUUGGACUGCACUACCUUCCGAUGGACACCUUAACAGACUGGAAAAUUCACACAGCAGAUGGCACAGUGGUUAAGGACCUGGAUUUGUGUCCAAAUCUGUUUCUAAAUAAUAUUAUUGUUUUACAUUUCUUUUGUAAAAUUGUUCAGCUGCCCUACCUGAUGAGAAGUGCUACACAGAUUAAAGACAAAU